GUUUUUCCCACCGCUGGGUAGUGGCUGCGGCAGGGGUGGGCGAGACUGAAUGACCGAACUCGAGUCCACCUUUCUCUUCAUGUCGACGUCCCUGGAAAUAGUCACACGGAUGCCAUGGUUACUUCUGCCACGAUCUUACAGGUGAACAAGGUGAUGUCCAUCUUGUUUUAUGUGAUAUUUCUUGCUUAUCUCCGUGGCAUCCAAGGUAACAACAUGGAUCAAAGGAGUUUGCCAGAAGACUCGCUCAAUUCCCUCAUUAUAAAGCUGAUCCAGGCAGAUAUCUUGAAAAACAAGCUCUCCAAGCAAAUGGUGGAUGUUAAGGAAAAUUACCAGAGCCCCCUGCCCAAAGCAGAAGCCCCCAGAGAACCCGAGCAGGGGGAGUCCACCAGGUCGGAAUUCCAGCCCAUGACUGCAAGGGACACAGAACUACUGCGGCAACAGAGACGCUACAAUUCGCCCCGGGUCCUGCUGAGUGACAGCACCCCUUUGGAGCCGCCUCCGUUAUAUCUUAUGGAGGAUUAUGUGGGCAACCCGGUGGUAGCCAACAGAACAUCUUCGCGGCGGAAACGGUAUGCAGAGCAUAAAAGUCAUCGAGGGGAGUACUCAGUGUGUGACAGUGAGAGUCUGUGGGUGACCGACAAGUCCUCAGCCAUUGACAUUCGGGGACACCAGGUCACAGUGCUAGGGGAGAUCAAAACCGGUAACUCCCCUGUCAAACAAUAUUUUUAUGAGACAAGAUGUAAAGAAGCCAGGCCAGUUAAAAAUGGUUGCAGGGGAAUUGAUGAUAAACACUGGAACUCUCAGUGCAAAACAUCCCAAACCUAUGUCCGAGCACUGACCUCAGAAAACAACAAACUCGUAGGCUGGCGCUGGAUACGAAUAGACACUUCCUGUGUGUGUGCCUUGUCGAGAAAAAUCGGAAGAACAUGAAUUGGCUUCUGUCCCCACAUAUAAAUUAUUACUUUAAAUUAUAUGAUAUGCAUGUAGCAUAUAAAUGUUUAUAUUGUUUUUAUAUAUUAUAAGUUGACCUUUAUUUAUUAAACUUCAGCAACCCUUACAGUAUAUAAGCUUUUUUCUCAAUAAAAUUCGUGUGCUUGCCUUCCUUCAGGUCUCUCCCAUCUGUUAACCUUGUUUUGUGACGGGCUCUUGGGAACUCUUCUGUAAAACCCGUGUACACCAGUAUUUUGCAUUCAGUAUUGUCAAGGCCAUGACUGUGGUUUUAGUAAACUUCUUAAAAUCA